AACUACGCAAGUACUGAUGUACACAACAUCAGCGCCAGUCUUACCCCUCCGUCGUACGUACGUGUGUUCUUCUGGCGUCACUGUAAUUUUAAUUCGGUUUUCGGUUGUUUUUUGCUCUUCUGGAUAAAAUAACAACAAUAUAUAUAGAGCACGCAUUUCUUUUUGUUGUUGUUGUUAUUAAUGGUUUAAACGUAUUACGACAUUACUAAUUGUUUUUCUGUUUUUUAGUAUUUUUACUCGCCGCGAAAAAGUGCGUUUGUGGCUUGUGUGCGCCCAGCGAUGUUGUUUUGUGAUCCCUUGCAACGUUAUUUAAAAACACAAUACCUAAUUAUAAUAUUAUCACAACAAUUGUGAUAAAUGAUAAUGUUCUAAAGUUUAAAUUGUAAUUACAUAUCGCCGUGUGAAUGUGCUACGAGUGCCUCUUAUACGUAUAGGUAAUAAUUUUAUACAAAACGUAUUUUCUAAUAAUGCGUUACUUGCUUCGUCGUGGUGUCCGAUCGGAAAUCCGAUGGGUACUUGGGCAGCUGUAACUUAAACGAAAUCCACGACAAUUGGUCAAAAAUUUUGAUGAGUGUCAAAAGUCAUGCAGAAAAUCAAAGGGAUAUGUUUGGAACAUCCGUCAUGCGUCGGUCAUACUCUACCAUAUCAACUGUGCAGUGAUGGUAGCUGCGGCAGCGUAUUCGGACAAGGAAAAGCCUCCAUGAAUAAUCUGAAAAAUGCCUCGCUCUGCCUUUACGCACUUUAUGUCGGUCAUCUGAUACGGCAUGACGACCGAAUCAACCGACCAGCCACUGCUAUCUGCUGGGCCCUUGUUCACAGACCCAAACGCCCGAUAUCGGUGCGCGUCUAAUGAUCCAUCUUGUAGUCAUGGCGUCGUCGCUCGACCGGCGACUGCCGCUAACAUGAACCAAGUGCCGAAAGGUUACUGUUAUUCGACCGAAAAUAAUCAAACUGUCAAUAGUGAGUGUGAUAAAAGUUAUCACUGUCCUAACUCAACUGCAGUUGUCACUUUGACUAAUAACAUUGUUUCAACCCCAGCAGCUUUUGUGUCUUCAAUUACUGUACCAGCAGGAUGGAGACGAAUUCACAAUAAAGGAGUCAUACAUUAUAUAAGUCCUAGCAACGCAGUUCUAAAUUCGUUGGAUCAAGCUAAAAUAUAUUUGCAAACUCAGGGUACAUGCAAAUGUGGACUUGAAUGUCCUUUUCAGUGUGAACACGUUUUUAAUUUCGACGCAAAGGUAAUGACGAAACCUACGUCGGGCCUCAACACAAUGACCAAUCUUUGCAAUCACAAGAGAAAAAUGAUGUUUAACAAUCCCGAAAAUAGAUUUAGCAAAUAUUCCUUAGAAAUGGCAGAAAAUCGAAAAAAAAGAAAACUUUCUGGUGUCCAACAACAAUAUUCAUUUCCUCUUUAUGAAGGUGAAAAAGCCGGAAAAGAAAACUUCUCACAAGUUUCAAAUUCUCAUCAAAUGCAAUGGCCAGAUCAAUCUACUGUUCCUAGUCAAAUAAGAUUUUCAUCUCAAGGAACAUCUGCAAUGUUAAAUCCUCAAUCUCCACAACCUAUGUUAAAUACUCAAGGACCAGAAGUAAUGUCACAAGGUAUGCAGCAUGUAGUGCCAAAUCCUCAAACCCCACCAAUACUAAACCAAAGUUCAUCUGUGAUGUCAAAUUCCCAAGGACCAAUUAUGCCUAGUUCUCAAAGUGCAAUGAUGUUAAAUCUUCAAGGAACAGUGAUGCCAAAUUCUCAAGAAAAUGUAAUGCCCAAUCCUCAAGGAACAAUGAUACCAAAUACCCAAUCCCAAUCGAUGGGUUUGGGAAAUCCAAGAGUUCCUCACUACCCAAACCAUUCAUACCAGCAAGACCUUGGAUAUGAACAAUCAUAUCGAAACGGUUAUAGGUAUAACUCCCCUCAAUGUAGAUCUCAUGAAACAACUGCAUUACAACCGGACUCUUCGUGUCAACCACAUCACCAACAUUAUCAAAAUGAAAUGGCAUCACAAGAAUAUUAUCAAAAAAAUACGCAUAGUAUGUACCAAACAGAACAGAUGCAAUAUAAUAAUUAUGAUAGUCUAAGAACUCAAGGGAGUUGCCGUUUCAAUUGUUCUAGUCAUUGUGGACACUAUUGUAAUUCGAGUGAUCAAAACCCUAGUUAUGGUAACCAAAUAAACUCAUAUCAACAGCAACCACAGUCACAGCCUAUACGACAGAAUGAAUCUACAAAUCAUGAAUAUUAUCCUGAUAUGUACCAAGAUCAAAAUAAUUAUACAGAAUCUUAUCCAGAUAAUAGAAAUAAUCCAACACAAGAAUAUCCAUCACAGUAUGAAUAUGAGCCUCAACCUCAGUCACAGUGCCAUCAUCGUAUGGAUUGUAACUUAAAAAAUAAUGUUUGUACUCCAAUUAAUAACCAAAGUCCUGUUGAGGUUCCACAGACAAGACCACAAACUCCACAAGUUAAACAAGUACAACAACAAAUAAAUACACAAAAUAUACAACAAUCAAUUACAAAACAAUCAAGACCUCAACAUAAAUCCACACCUCCCUGGCAGCUUAAUAAACAUCAACAAAUACAGCAACAACAAAUACCGCAACAACAAAUACAGCAACAACAAAUACCGCAACAACAAAUACCGCAACAACAAAUACAGCAACAACAAAUACCGCAACAACAAAUACAGCAACAACAAAUACAGCAACAACAAAUACAUCAACAACAAAUACAGCAACAACAAAUACAGCAACAACAACAAAUACAGCAACAACAACAUAUACUGCAACAACAAAUAUCGCAAGAAGAAUGUUCUAAACAAGUAGUUGAGGAUCGAGUACCUCCUAUCCAUCAUCAUAUUCCCCAAGUUUCUAGAGUAGAAGAAAAAAAUCGAAAGCCACUUAAACAAUCUACUAAAACUGUUAACUUUGGUAGAAAAUCUAAGUCUCCAUCUGAAGAGGACAGUUACCCAUCAUUUUUGGAUGAUCCAAGCGGCUAUUUAGCACAACAGACAGCUCUACUGAAUAAUACAAUAAGUACCAAUUCAUUUUCACCAUUAUCUCCUCCUGCAAGACCAUAUAGACAAGAAAAACCUAGGUACACAACAAAUGUUACAACAAUGGCUAGUGGUCGAACAGCUAGUUCAAAUACAAUUACUUCAGUGCUGGCCGGUAGAGCCAACACAUCUGUCGUAACAGUGAACACAUCUGAAGACCAAGUAUUACCACCUAGUCGACAACAACCAGUCACAUCCAAAACACCUUUAGAAAUGGUACAAAGUGUUGUAAGUAGCAUACAAGUUCCUACAUCUUCAGAAAAAUCAAGUAUUCAACCGAGCCAUAUAUUAUUGACAAGUAAUGGACAAUUUAUAAUGGCGUCAACUAAAAUACAAUCACCUAAUAGUUCUCAAGUUCUUUCAACAGUGCAACAACAACCUACUGUCCUUGUAAAUACUUUACAGGGAGGUCAAAGUACCUUACUACUUCAGCCAGGAAAUGUUAUGACUGUUGAUCAAGUACAGGUACCUCAACUUGCUGUUGCUACAGGAAAUAUAGAUAAUAGUGGAGCAUUUUCACCAAGAGGCUCAAAUCUAUUAUCUCCGCCAGAUUCCAAACGUAAAACUAUUAAUUCUAAAAAACGAAAAUCACCACAAAUAUCUCCUAAUCAUCAGAAUAAUUCUAAUGUAUUGUUACAACCUCAACAGCAAAACUUUAAUCAGCCUGUUGUUCAAACAUUAAUACUACCAAAUAAAACCACCCAAUAUGGUAACCAACAACUGAUUACAAAUGUGAUACAACCUGUUAGUCUUGUUCAUAAUAUUCCAUCUAUCCAACAGUUCAUUGUACCAGCAAAUUUAGGUGGUGUAGUUAUGGCCGACAAUUCCAUUCUACAAGAUGCAGUACAAUUAAAUGUUAUAUCCCCAUUUUCUAAUACUGGUCAAAAUUUAUUACCUACUGGAAUGGUUUUAAGGACCCCUCAAACACAACAAAGAGCACAACAAAGUAAUCAAUUUAUCGUAAAUAGUGUUGGCCAAUUGAGCCCUAUUUUAGCUAGCUUGAGCCCUAAUCAGUCACAAAACCAGAAUAGGAAUCAACAGCAAAAUGAUUACAUACAUGUAGUACCAUGUUCUAUUCAACAAAAUCAAGAAAAUACCACUGUAGUUCAACAAAACACAACCAUUGUUCAACAGCAGAUGACCAUGGUAUCUGGUCAACAAGGCAACGAGCAAGGCAAUUUAAUUAUAAAUGAAAAACAAGGUCAAAAUUAUAUUAUUGCCGAUAAUAAACAACAAGGGUUUAUUCUGAGUCCUAAAGAUAAGCAACAUUCUGGUGGCACACAUUUUAUUUUAAAUAAUAUGAAUUCUGAGAAACAGACCCAAAGUUUUAUAAUUACAAGUCCAACGUCUGGCGAUAAACAGCUUUGUGGAAACUUCAUUCUUGAAAAAACCAAUUCAUCAGGGAAUUUCAUUAUUACUACAACAAAUUCUGAUAAAAAUUCUAAAUUUGCUAAACACUCUGUGUCUACUCAAACUGCUGCUGGACAACAAGUGUUACAGAUUUCAUCUACACCUGCCCUAAUUGUUGCUACAAACCGUAAUGCUUAUGUUGGUAGCCCACCUGAUACAACAACUUUAAGUCCUGUGAGUGGACAAAGUCCUUCAGCUAAACCAGAAAUGCCUUCAAGUUCUAUAACAGCUGAUUUGGAUGCUGCAUUAUCACCAUCGUCAACAUUAUCUGAUAUGCAAAAUAGACAACCAAUGGUUCAUUGUAUUUCAAGUAGUAACGUAGUGGAUUGGUCUGAUAAUUCAGCAGACGAAAGAAAGACUAUAUCCAAUGCUUCUGACUCACCAAAUAUGUACUCCAUUGAACAUUCAUUUCCUAGAUGAUACAAUAUCAUAAGCAAAUAUUUGGCACAAGAAAUCCAACCACAAGGUAAUGAUGCACAUCUUGGCCAUCAAAACAAGUUCCUAUAAAAAAAUUUAAAAAUAAUAAUAAAAAUAUUGUGUUGUUUAAGAGAAACUACAAUCUGUAAUUUUAAAAGCUGUAUAAUAUUUCCUAAAUAAGUUAGGUUAUUAUAUAUUAUUGCAAUGUAAUAGUUCCUCUGAUCGAGACAUAUUUUAUAAAUAUUAUUUUGUGUAUGUUAAUGUUUGUUAAAAAAAAAAAUUAACAAUCGUUAAACAAAGUUCUUGAGAAUAUAUUCUUUUUAAUUUAAUAGUCAGCUUUUUUCUGUUUCCUCAAAUUUCCUAAAUCUUUACCUCAAGUAUAAGAGAACAGCUUCUAAUUAAGAGUUAAAAAUAAUAAUCAAUAUCUGAAUUAUUUUUUUUCAAUACAUUUACAGUACAUUUAAAAAAUUAUUCCCUAAAUUGUAAGUCAAACAAAUUAGUUAUUUUUUUUAUUUUAUGUUUAAUGAAUAAUGUUUAGAUAUCAUUUUCAAUACCAAAAUAUUUGUUUUAUCAAGUUGGCAGGUAUCAGAAUUUUAAGAAAUCACUAAUAAAUUUAACAUAUUUGUAUUUAAUAAAAGAAACAAUUGAAUUAAUUAAAUAUUAUAUUUUUAAGUGCUUUAAAUAUUCAAUACCCUUUUUUUUCACAAACCAAAUACAGAAUGAAAUUCUUAAGAACUUCAGCUGAAAAUGAUUUAAAUUUUUUUUUGAAUGUGAAUAACUUAAUAUUCUCUGUACGUACUUUUUUAUGAUCAAGUAACAGAAAUAUUUAUUUUAAAAUUCAGCCCAUGAUAUUUUUUUUUAGGUCUAGUUAUGUCUAAUGCUUAUUGAAUUUACCAUCUAAUUUAUUAGAUUACUAAUGUUUAAGUAUUACCUGUCUAAUGCUAGGUUGCAUGAACAAUCACUAAACAUUUAAUGAAUCUGAUUUACUGGCCCAUGAGUGUCAUUCAAUUUUAUUUAACCGUUAAAUUAAUACAUUUUUCAUGCAACCCAGCAUAAUCAUUGUAAAUAUAUAUAUGUAUGUAUAUUAUUAUGUUAAAUAUCAAAUUAACAUCAUAGAUAUUUUAUGAAAAAACUUAAUGAUAUUUGAAAUUACUGUUUUGACAUUUUACGUGUUAUAUUGAGACUUAAAAUUGUUGUGUUAAUUUUUUUUACUUAUUACAAAAUUAUUUUUAAAAUACAGACCAUUGGUUUUUGUAAAAUUUGAAAAACUGUCUGGAAAAAUAAAUUUUUUCUAGCAAUACUACAAUGUAUGAUAUGUAAUUUUGUUUUUUAAAGUUAUUUUCAAAUAUCAACCACCGAAAUAUUUUUUUUAAAUAGAGCUGGAAAUAGAGUGAUAUACCUGUAUAAAUAUUAUAUUAUAUUUAACAUAUUAUGUAUAUAAUCAAAAUAUUCAAUUGUAUUAACAAAUACAAUUUAGACUGUAUAUUUUAUAUUUUUAAAGCUAAUAAGAUGUUACUUGUUAGAACAUUACUAUCGUGUAUUAAAAUUUAAGAAAAUCAUUUAUUAAUUAUUAUUGACAAAUUAAUCGAAAUCUGUGAUUUUAUGUUUCGUUUUAAAAUUAUUUUUUCUUAUGAUAGUCUUUGUAUAUUACUGUUUUAUUAUUAUCUUUUCUUUUUUUGUUGCACGUUUAAAUUUUUUAAGUUUAUUUAUUACUUUAUUUUGAAAAAAAUUGUCCCUUCUACGAAUGAAUGUUGUAGUUAUGAUAUUAUGCCUACACAUAUUUAAUAGUUUUACUUAAUUUAUUUUAUUCUCAUCAUCUUUAACUGACAAUGAUACAUAUUCUCUUACAUACCAAAAUAUUUAUUGUAGUCGUCUAUAUUAAAAUAAGAAUCGUUAAAAGUUAUUGUUGAAGAAAUAAGUUGUACAGUUUUAUGUAUAAAAAAAUAAUGAUGUACAAAACUCAAUAAUAUUCUGGAUUUUUUUUUAUACUCAGUCCGCAUCUAUUUCACAUAGUCCAUAGUUGGAAUACAUCAUAUUAUCAUAAGCUUAACAAAUACAUGUACUGAAAAAAUCUAACUUAAAAUGUACAUGCUAAAAAAUAUAUAAACUAUGUGUAUUUGAAUAAAUGAAGUGUACUGUUAUUUUUUAAUUAUAUAUAAUAUGUUGUUUUAACACUAUAAAACUAGUUUUGACAAUA